CCCCUUAUCUCCGUCAAUUCUCAUCGGUUUUCACCGGUUGAAUCGGCUUGGAAACAAAAUACGCAAGGGAAAUGUAAAAUUUGUACAUUUCGGGCACAUUUGUAUUAAAAAUUAUAACUUAUCAACAGGUAAAUAUAAAAACAAUAUUUUAUCAAAAGCUGUAGCGUAAUAUUACCACAGUUGUCACAGUUGACAUCCCCCGUGCCAAAGGGCCAACCGGCGUACACUCUUUGACAAUAACGACAGUACUGUCCUUUGGCUGGGCAAAUUAAGAUAGACAAUGGAUCAGUCACAGCUGGAUCAGAUUGCAGAUAAAUUGGACAUAAGAUACUCGGUUCUUGACAAUCUUAAAGAUGGGAAAUCCACAUACAGAUCUCAAAUUGUCAUUACUAACAAAUCGGAUAUUCUACUGGAUUACAAAUCCAACUGGAAAAUCUACUUUUGUCACAUCCGAAUGGUGGAGCCAGGCUCGCUUCCAAAGCACAACCACGCAGAGCUCAAAAAAGAGGGCAUUCGAUUCUCACAUGUCAAUGGGUGCUUGUUUACACUGGAACCUUUGAAGAAUUUCACCACACUGAAGAAAGAUGAGAGCAUUACAAUUAAGUUCAAGUGUCAGUAUUAUUGUGUAGCAAGGACAGAUUUAUUACCUAAUUGGUACAUUGUGGCCGGAAAACUAGAACCACGUAUUAUUAAAUGCACGAGCGACUCGGGCCUGAGUUUCGUGCAGCCCUUUGAUAAGCCGGAGAAAUGGAAGAGAUUUCACUAUAAACAAGAGAAUGGGGUAAUGAGAGUAGACAAAUAUAACCCAUAUACGCCAGAAGAAAGGUUUAAGAGGAAUGCAGUGGAGGAUUAUGGGAAACCUGGUUCGCUAGUUUUACCAACGCCUGCCAAGGCUACCUAUCUUUGGGAGAAAGCUGCUGCCCUAUCAAUAGAUCAGUUUACAAUUUUUAGUGAUAAAGAGUUAGAAAAUGAAGCUCUCUAUUUAAAAGACAAGCUAGGAUUAGAGACCAAAAUUUCCAAUGACAUUUCCUCAGUACCAACAUCAAAUGCUAUUACUCUGAGACUGAAGGACACUAAAGAUGAACACAGUCUCCCCUCUUCCUACAAACUCUCUGUUAGCCCUGAAAUCCCCAGCAUCAGUGUUGAGGCCAGCGACCCCUCAGGAGCAUUUUACGGCAUCCAGUCAUUGCUCGCUUUACUGGAAAAUGAAAAAGUACCCACAACGGAAAUAGAGGACUAUCCCAGGUUUCCUUACCGAGGCAUGCAUCUGGACGUGUCCCGGAAUUUCCAUGGAAAACACCAGAUCAUGAAGCUGCUGGACAUCAUGGCUAAAUAUAAAAUGAACAAGUUCCAUUUCCACUUAACUGACGACGAGGGAUGGAGACUGGAAAUUCCAGGUCUGGAGGAACUCACAGAGGUUGGGAGCAAAAGAGGUCAUGACCUCACAGAGAGAACUUGUAUUUUACCUAUGCUAGGUUCGGGGCCUCACUUAACUUCCUCAGGGACAGGGUUCUACACGGUGGAAGACUAUCAGGAAAUUCUCAGGUACGCCAAACAGAGGCACAUAGAGGUGAUCCCAGAGAUUGAUAUGCCAGGUCAUAGUCAUGCAGCCAUUAUGGCCAUGAAGGCCAGGUACUUCAAGUACAAAAAGACUGGUGACACCGAAAAAGCCAAAGAGUUUUUGCUGUGUAGUGUGGACGACUCCUUGCAUGCCCAAUCCGUGCAGAUGUAUUCGGAGAAUUCCAUGGAUCCUGGAUUGGACUCAACCUACAGGUUUGUGAAUAAAGUGGUAGCCGAGGUGCAGAAGAUACACAAGCCGGUGGCACCCUUGCGGACAUUUCAUUUCGGUGGUGACGAGGUUCCCUAUGAGACCUGGGAAGAUUCAGAGGCCUGUAUUGCUCUGGUGAAGGAUAAGAAAGUUAAAGGCUUCUCCAAGCUGAUGGAAUACUUUGUGAAACGCGUGGCUAAGAUCGUCGCCAAGCACGACCUAGUGAUGGGGGCGUGGCAGGACGGAGUGAUCCAUGAUGAGGUGUUCCUGGAGCCAGUGGAGAGGAAGGAGUUCCCAAACAAAGAGGUGCAUGUGUACACCUGGCAGAACGUCUGGGAGUCGGGCCUGUCUGGUUGUGCCUACCGACUGGCCAACAAUGGCUAUAAAGUUGUGAUGGCCCAGGGCACCCACUUAUAUUUUGACCACCCUUACGAGCCUGACCCAGAAGAGAGGGGUCUUUACUGGGCAUGUAGAUUCUGUGACACAAGGAAGACUUUUGGCUUCAUGCCAGAUAACAUUUACGCUAACGCAGAUGUGAAACUAUCAGGGGACCCAAUCAGCAUGGAAGAUUUGUUAUCUAAACAUCCCGAGGACCACGAUCCCCUGAAAAAGCAUGAAAAUAUUUUAGGAAUGCAAGGACACCUGUGGACUGAACUAGUGAGGACCUCAGAUGAAAUGGAUGCCAUGAUUUUCCCUCGUCUGCUUGCAGUCGCCGAAAGGUCCUGGCACAAAGCGUCAUGGGAAGACGUUGAAGAUAGCUCCUCCAGAAAGGCCAGGAUGAACAAGGACUGGACCAUAUUUGCCAAUACACUAGGCUACAGAGAACUCAAGGUGCUUGACAGAAUGGGAGUGGCCUAUCACCUGACACCUCCAGGGGCUAGAAUUGUAAAAGGAGAGCUAGAAAUGAAUGCAGUGUAUCCAGGUCUUCCACUCUUCUACAGUCUGGAUGAUGGCGAGUCAUGGCUGCAGUACAAAACAAAAGUGAAAGUAGAUGUAAAGUCAGGAAUCAAAUUGAUGUCAAAGUCGGCAGAUGGUAAGAGAGAAAGCAGAGUCGUAGUUCUGGACCCGAACUCAAGGGAAGACUGAAACCUGGUACAAACUCAUGAACUCUACAAGAGUUAGCAAAUAUCCUGUGAUAUCAAAACAUUUAUGUGAAAUAUCAAGAACUUCCCAUUGGUUACAAGGGAUAUUGAAUUUGCUAUUCACACUAUUGUUGUUACAGUAUAACAUUAAAUGGUACUUUAUUCUGAUCAAAUAUGUUUACUUAAUAUUCAUGAAGAUGUUAGUGAAUAUGCUUUGUUUUAUUGGUAGCAUUAUUAAAGUUUUUUUUCUUCUAAGAUAUGAUAUGCAAAAAUUGAAUGCACGUGGCAUACAUUAAAAGCAUGUAUAAUGCACUUUAAUUUAUCAUGUACCUUACAUGUAUGUGUUCAGUGUAUGUUGAUCACAAGGCAGGUGAAUAUUUGAUUAAAUAUGCUUUUCUCACAUAUUUUAGAACAUUUAUUAUCCAUUUGCAUACUUUUUAGGAUCAAUCUGAGAUAUUUGUAAUAUAAAGAACAAAAAAAAAAACUUGAACAAAAUUCUUAUGUUACAUAUUCAUACACGUGUAACAAUGAUUCUGUAAUGAAACAUUAGAACUAUACAAUAAUUUUUAAAAAUUGACCAUUUUAUUCAUCUAGAUUGUGAGUAUUUAUGAUUAAGUGAAUAAAUUACAUGUACUUAUAAGGAAAAUGUAAUUUUAUUAUUUUAUAGAUAGUGUUAGUUUAACAUAAAAUGGUCCCUGUCUUAUCAACAUUAUAAUACAUAGUAACCUUUGAUGUUAUGUACACGUUUGUGCAAUUGAAUUU